UUAAGUCUUUCUUAAAGAUGUUUUUAAACUAAUUUCUAAAAGUUUGAGAAAAUAAUGAAAUUAAAAAAAAUAUAUAUUUUUACGUUAGAUAAUCAAUUUUCUUAUGUUUACACUAAAUUGUUUUAUAACUCAAAAUUAUCUCUUGUAAUAAAAAAAGAAUGAUAAAUAAAACCGCUGGGUUUAUCGUUGAACGCGUGUACCAAUCGAAACAACUUUUUGAAUGAAUGAAGGGGAAAUUGAUGACGUCAUAGAACUUGGUUAUGUUUGUUGCAUAAAAUGUGAAAUAUUGUGAAGAACGAAUCCGGAGAAAAAUUGGCAAAAUUCAAAGAAAAAAUGAGCAUAGAAAAGAGGUCAUUGAUUAGGGAUACCUUGGCAGCCUCACUGGGAAUCGGAUUGGUGUACAUUGUGGCAAGAUACCGGAAAGAUUUGUUCAGAAAGUGGAAAAGUCUGUGGAACCUGGGGAAUCCAUUGGCCAGACGAAAGAUCGAGAUUGUAAACAAUGUGGAACAAUGUCAGAAAAUCGUGGAGCUACUCAAGGCGCACUGCCGGAAGUAUCAAGUUUUGGGAUUUGACUGUGAAUGGGUGACUGUAAAUGGAAUCCGUCAUCCCAUAGCACUUCUUCAAUUGGCUUCCCACACAGGGCUCUGUGCCCUGUUCAGACUGAGCCAUAUCAGGGGCAUCCCUAUGGAUCUCAAGGAAUUGCUAGAGCGGGAGGAUAUCAUCAAAGUCGGAGUGGCUCCCAAUGAGGACGCCCGACUUCUCUGUCAAGAUUACAGUGUUAGUGUAGCCAGUGUUUUAGAUCUCAGGAGUAUGGCUCAGCUGGUCGGAGAACAACCCCUGGGACUGAGUAAACUCUCCCAGACCUUCCUGAACAUCGAAUUGGACAAAGAUUGGAGACUCAGAUGCUCAGAUUGGGCUGCUGCUGAACUAGAGCCCAGACAAAUUCAAUACGCUGCCAAUGAUGCAUUUGUAGCCAUUGAAUUGUUCAAAUAUUUCUCCGGAAAAAUCUCUCCGGGGAAAGGUCUACUAUUCAGUCAAGCGAACAACUUAGAAAACACCCUGAGCAUCUGCUCUCCAUUCAUUGACGUUACUUUCAAGUACAAGAAUACUGGACAAAACAAAAGAGAUGGCAAGGGAUUCCUCAAGAAGUCUUCAGAAGAAGCAACUCAGACCAAGGAACAGAAAAGAACUUAUUCCACCAGAGCUCGUCCCCUCUACCACAAUUGCUUUAUGCAAGCUCCCGAUGGAGAGCUGCUCUGUACAAUGGACACCCGGAAAGCGGAUUGGUACAUCUCCAAAGGCCUAGCAAGGCUCAUCCAGGAAGAACCCUACACAGUUCGACUGAAUUUUGAGCCUUCCGGAAGAGCCACGGGGAAUGUGGGGGACUUUGACAAAACACUAAAAGUCAAUCAAUGUGUGGUUUGUGGCCACAAUGAAUCCUAUAUCCGGAAAUAUGUAAUUCCAAGGGAGUACCGGAAGUUUUUCCCUGUGGUCAUGAAAUCUCACUCUAGUCACGAUGUGCUAUUGUUGUGUACUUCUUGCCAUCAGAAGAGCAACAAAUUCGAUCUGGAUCUCCGGCAGAAACUCUCCCAAGAGUGCAGUGCUCCGCUAGAGACGCAUCCGGAAGGGGUAAAGUUCCGGGAAGAUACGCAAUUGAAAAAGCUAAAAUCUCUUGCUUUGGCUCUGACUGAGAGGAGGGAUGCUCUCCCAGAGGCCAGGAUCAAGGAGAUUGAGAGUAAAAUCUUGGUACAAUUUCCUUCAUGGGAAGUUGUUUCUCAAGAAAAAUUGCAAGAACUCCUCGAUAUGAAGACACUAGUGCCCAAUUCUACUUAUCGUCCCCAUGGGGAGGUGGUUGUUGAACACUACAGAGCCACUACGGGGCUCGUGAACCUGGAAAAGCGCUGGCGGGAACAUUUCCUAACCAAGAUGAAGCCAAAAUUCUUACCUUCUCACUGGUCCCUCACGCACAAUCAAGAGCGACUGGUGAUAAAAGCUGACAAUGGCCGUGUAGAGGUGGAUGAUCUCGUUGAAGCUGGAAUUGAUCCGGAAAUGCUCGGGAAAAUUUCACUGGAAAAUCACUAAAACAAAAACUGGGAAUCAACUCGGCCAUGUUUUUUCGUUUUGGCGGUGCUUUUCUGAAUAAAAUUCUAAUUGAUGGAA